AUGGAGAAUUCAGUCUCUUUGGCAGAACCUGUUGGUUUCCUCUUCCUCCAUAACAUCCUCAACUGGAUCAUUAUGAUGCUCGAGAAGUUCUCACUAUACGUCCCUUUCUCCACAUGCGUGUCUAUGCUCCUGGAUGAGCAACCGCUGAAGUGCAAAACCAGUCACCCUGGAGAUGAAGACAUCAGCCUAAGUAGCGAAGACAUGGAGGUGGUCAUGGACAGCGUGGGGCUAAGGCGCAACCACGAAGGUGAGCACCUCAAGGAGGAGACGGCCUCCGAUGAGAUCUCUAGCCUGUUUGAAGAGAGGGAGCCGAGUUUGGAAGAAGUAAAAGCUGCCUUCCAUGUCUUUGACGAGAACAACGAUGGGUACAUUGAUGCAGGGGAGCUACAAAGAGUUCUCCUUAAGCUUGGUUUCACAGAAGGGUUGGAGUUGGAUGCGUGCAUGAGCAUGAUAACUAUCUAUGACGAAAACCAUGAUGGAAAGAUAGGUUUCACCGAGUUUGUGAAGCUUAUGGAGAUCAGUUUUUGCUGA